UCAGACCUUGCCUACUUUGAAGACAGAACAGGGUUAUCGCGGCCAAUUAGUUAGUUAGCGGUAACUUAAGUUACCCGCUCCGCUUGGCCAACGAUUUAUUUUGAGCCAGAUGAAACAUCAUGACUGACUAGCGGAGUUGGAUUGCCAUGAAACCGACUUUGCCCACUGGUCUCAUGGAUGAAUCUGAUAAAGUAUUAAAUGAAAGGGACUCCCCCUAAUACCCUGUUGGUCCCUCUUUCUGAAAAUAUAUUCACUUUUUUCAUAAUAGAUACCGCACGAUGAGCCGUGAACACAGGGUCAACGAUAUAAGUUGCCUCGGAAUGCUUCACGGAGGGCUUCCGACUAGAGUUUCAUGAUGACAGGUAACCAUGAUUUCCAGGAUCAGAGACAAGAUACCAACUUAUUCCCUCGAAAGGCGAUAGAAAUCCAUCAAUGGUUCCUUUGCAUCUCAAGUCGGAGGAGGCGUCAAUGGUACAAACUCCUCGCUGGAAACCACAAGAAGGGUCAUGAAUCGACUACGCUUGGAUUGCACUUCUCUUUGGUUCAUGAAUACCAUGCAGCAGGAGGCCAUUGGCAUGAGCAUGCAUUUGGGAGCAACGAUGAGACUCCCCGUCACUAUCACAUUGAUGACCGCCAGGAGCUGAUGAAAGACGUCGACCCUUUGGGAAAUCCGGGGGCACGGUUACCACUGGCUGGCCCUUGGGUCAAAUGUAUGUGUAUCGACAGAGUUCUUGAGAUAGAGAGUGUUUAUUUCUUUCCAUUUUAUCCUAUCGAUAUGACUAUUGGGCCCAUCAUCCGACCAUCUGUGCAGAUGCAAUAUUAUAGCUGGGAAUGGUGUCAAGGAUUUCUAGUAUAGUAUAGCCAUUGCAGUUCAGGUGUGGGAAGAAGGGCUGAUAGCACCGCCGCCCAUUCAGCCCUUCCCCCGUCUGUCUUCCCCGCAGGUCGUAUUCUUGACGGAAAACAUGCAGCCAUGUGACGAAAUCAACCUGAAAGAGAUCCCCCGUGGUGUUUUCCAGUAGCGGGCCCGGUAUAUCGCGUUAUGUCUAAACCGUACAAGGUGCUCCGUAUAGAGGUUGUAGUCCAGCUAGUUUAUCCACCACGAAGCAAGAGACGAGAGAGAAGCUGGAUCGUUAUAUCCCCUUGGCAAUGGGCAGGAAGCAGCAUUGAGUAACUAU